AUGUCCAGUACUUUCAAGGCCGUCAUCUUCAACAUGGGGGACCCGAUCCUUCACACCAACAGCGAGACCUGGGACGAGUUCGAGCGUGGAAGGAUCGCGCCAGACGAUUGUUAUUAUGCACAUAGGUUCCAUAUUGGGUUCCCUGGGUCGGAAAUCGCUGCGGUGCUUCGCCAGAACACGGGCAGCCUGAGGCCUGAUGCAAGAAUGGCCUCCUUGCUUCGGGAGCUCAAGGACCAAGGGGUGGCGCUGCGGGCGAUGCACUACGGGUGGGACUUGUUCGACGGCAUCUUUGCGUCCGCGCUAGAGGGGAUGCGAAAACCGGACGUUGAGUUUUACGAACAUUUGUUGAAGCGGAUUAAUACCACGGCAGGUGAAACCAUCUUUGUCGACGAUCAGUUGGUGAAUGUGGCUGCUGCACAGAGUGUUGGUAUGGCAGGACUGCAUGGCACGGAUUCGUUGGUAACCUAUACCGAGUUGCGACAAUUGGCUGGCUGGUAG